CUCAUUAAUUUAUUCCUUAAAUUUCUGUGGUCCUGCUUCUGUCCUCUCAGCUAUCUCCAACCAGCACCUUCUCUGGGCCAUCACAGUACAGUGGCUGUCCCUUCCAUGAAGCAAUCUCAUUUUGUUCUCAUGCCUUUCAGCAUUACCUAUAAAACCACACAGAUGUAAUUCCCAUGGCCGGACAGCUCCUCCAAGAGCAGAGACCCAGGGAGCAGGUCUCUUUAAAUAUUGGCAUCCUAAUGAAUUACAGCAUUCCUAAGAUCAUGCGGAUCAUUCAGCUGGACCUUGACCUAAAAUAUAAGACCAACAUCCGGGAGUUGUUUGAGGAGUUUGACAACUUCUUGCCAAGUGCUAUCAUUGGCAUAGCUAGAGAGAUGCAACCCGUGUACAGACACACGUUCUGGCAGUUCCGCCAUGAGAACCCCAAGACCAGGGUUGGGGACCCUCCACCUGAGGGACUCCCUGGAUUCAACAGUGGGGUGAUGCUGCUGAACCUGGAAGCCAUGCGUCAGUCCCCACUCUAUAGCCGCCUGCUGGAGCCUGCGCAGGUACAGCAGCUCGCUGACAAGUACCGCUUUCACGGCCACCUUGGUGACCAGGACUUCUUCACCAUGAUUGGCAUGGAGCACCCAGAGCUCUUCCAUGUGCUGGACUGUACUUGGAACCGGCAACUCUGCACCUGGUGGAGGGACCAUGGCUACAGUGAUGUCUUCGAGGCCUACUUCCACUGCGAGGGUCACGUGAAGAUCUACCAUGGUAACUGCAACACUCCUAUCCCAGAGGACUAGGCAAUCCUUGGCUGCCAGGCCUCAGGGCCUUGCCAACUCCUCUGACUCUGCAGGGACGUCUUUUGGGGUGAAGGCACUACAGAUCUACUACCUGGCCAUUCACUGUCUAGGGACCACCCAAAGAAGACAGGCCUGUGCAUCAUUGGUGCUCAGGGACUCUUCCCUUCAGGGCACCAGGCCUCACCAGAA